ACAAAGAGCAGGUCUGGAUUGUGCAAUGGCGACAAGGCAUGAGAACAAACUAAAGAAGAGAAUGUGCUGGAGGAGUGAGAUCUGCUCUCUGAUCUUGGGAUGGUGUUGUCUCCUUCUGCUACCCAUGAUUGCUCAGGCAUUGAAUCUGGAUGCAGAAAACCCAAAAGUCAUCCCUGGACCCAAUGGAAGCUACUUUGGGUUUUCCUUGGAUUUCCACCAGGAUAAAAAAGAAGGGAUGAACAUCUUAGUAGGGGCUCCAAAACUGCAAACAACUCAACCUGGUGUAAAUAAGAGUGGCGGUGUGUUCCUGUGCCCUUGGAGUACUAAAACUCCAAACUGUAAUUCCGUAGCUUUUGACAAUUUAGGGGAUGAGACCUUUUAUGAGAAUGAUGUCCACAUGAAGAUCUUUAAAUCUAACCAGUGGUUUGGUGCUACAGUCAGAAGCUGGAAGUCAAAUAUAGUGGCAUGUGCUCCUUUCCAGAGCUGGAACAUCACUGAUUCCAUUACAGGACAGGAGUCUGGUGUCACCCCAACAGGGUCCUGCUAUGUAACUGGUAACCUGAAGGAUUUCCAUGAAUUUGCUCCAUGCCGCGAUGUCAAAACCGAACCUUCCUUAUUAAGCUCGUCUUACAUGUAUGAUAAAAGAUUUUGUGAGAUUGGCUUUAGUGCAGAAGUAACAAAGGAUGGGACACUGCUAGUUGGGGCCCCAGGCGGGUAUUUUUUAUCAGGACUAAUUUCUACAGUGAAACUCUCCUUUAUACUGAAUGACUACAAUGGCCGCCAAGCACUGAAAAAGUACACCAGUGAACAGAUCUCAUUGGAUACCUCAGGCAGUGAUAGUGCAUACACAGGGUUCUCCGUUGCUAUAGGAGAGUUUACAGACGACAGUACCCCAGAAUUUGUUGUAGGAAGUCCAAAUUUUUUUAAAACAGAGGGCAUUGUUACAAUUCACAGGAACUUUGAAUUAACGAGAAGCAUUUACAGUUUCAAAGGACAGCAGGUUGCCUCAUAUUUUGGUUACUCUGUGGCUGUUGCUGACAUAAACAAUGAUAGGAUGGAUGAUGUAUUGGUUGGAGCACCUCUUUUUAUAGAGCGCCGAUCAGGUGGAAAGCUGCAGGAGGUUGGCCGAGUCUUUAUUUAUAAGCAGAAACGACGUACCCGUUUCCACCCUGAACCCCAGAUCCUCAGUGGAACAAAGUUGUAUGGACAGUUUGGGUCCUCCAUUGCAUCUCUUGGGGAUUUGGACCAGGAUGGCUUCAAUGAUGUUGCUGUGGGGGCUCCAUUUGGAGGCAAGACUGGAAGUGGCUGUGUGUAUAUAUACAGGGGAGGGAAUUCUGGCCUGUCAGCCCAGCCCUCUCAGGUCCUGGAGCCCACCCUUCCCCCGAAUUCCAGGUUUGGCUUUGCUCUGAGAGGAGGAAUGGACAUCGAUGACAAUGGCUAUCCAGAUUUGCUUGUGGGUGCAUUUGAAGCAGACAAGGCAUACAUAUUCAGGGCCCAGCCAGUGGUUUUCCUCCACACUUCAAUCCACUUUACUCCAGAUACUCUGAACCCAGAUGUGAAAGGCUGUCAGCUUCCUGGGACAACCACCAAAGUCAGCUGUUUUAUUGUUAGUGUCUGUGUUCGAGCAUCUGAGCAAAGUCUGCCAAGAAUACUAAAUCUCUCUGCAGAACUCCAGUUGGAUCGUUUAAAGAGUCUAUUUUCUCGACGGACUUUCUUUCUUGAAUCAUCCCAGCCCAGUAAAAUACUCACCAUAAAGCUGCAAAGCAACAUGGAAUCCAUCUGUCAAAACAAGACUGCUUAUCUAAGGAGCGAGUCUGAGUUUAAGGACAAGUUAAGCUCUAUAGUUGUCAGUGUGAAUGUCAGCCUUGUGAGAAGUCAAUCCUCUGAUGUCCUAGAGCCCACUCUGCAAGGGAUCACGUUCCUCCAGGAACAGACUAACAUUCUUUUAGACUGUGGUGAGGACAAUGUUUGUAUUCCAGACCUUCACUUGAGUGUCCGUCCGCCUGAAGAUCCUCUACUUAUUGGGAUUGAUAACUCAAUGCAAGUCCAGUUUAAUGCCACAAAUUCUGGUGAAGGAGCUUACGAGGCAGAGCUAUUUGUCCAGCUGCCCCCAGGGGCCCACUAUGUGCAUGUCAAGGGAAAAUCUGAGGAGAAGAUUCUAUGCUCCCCCAAACUAGAGAAUAAGACAGAGACUGUGGUGUGUGAGCUUGGUAACCCUAUGAAAAACAAAGCUCUGAUCUGUGCAUACCUGCAGCUCAGCUUCAGUAACCUGGAGGAUUCUGGGAGCAACAUCACCUUUCAGAUGCAGAUUAGGAGCCGUAACAGUCUGAAUUCAAGCAGCUCAGUGAUUUAUGUACAGUUGGCUGUAGCAGUGAAGGCAUCACUGGACCUCCGUGGGAGCUCCCAGCCAGCUGAAGUUGUUCUUCCAAUACCCAACUGGGAACCAAAGGAUGAUACAAAAAAACCUCAGGAUUAUGGGAAGGAAGUGACACAUGUGUAUGAGAUACACAAUGCUGGGCCAAGUUCUGUUCAAGUUCUCCUGAUUGUACAAAGCCCUACGAUCUUCCAGGAUGACUUUUUUCUCUACCCUCUGCGCCUAGAAGCAGACAAUGAUAUGUUCUGUGGCAACGAAUCAGGACUCAAUCCAUGGGAGUUGGAGCUUCCAGUGGUUACCCCAGCUCCUGUAAACCACAGCAAGGCCGAUAACCGCCGUCUGGACAAAAGAGAAACAGGGGUUGCUGAUGAGUGGACAGAAGAGAACUUACAUAAUGGGAGCAAAACUGAAGAUGGGGCCUUAGAGAAGCCUCCAAUUCUACUGAAUUGCAGCAAAGCUUUGUGCUGGGAGGUGCAAUGUGUAAUUCCACGACUGGACAGAGAAAAAAGAGCAACUGUGAAGCUGCACUCCAUCUUGAUGAUCUCAAGCUUCCUGAAAAGACCACAGCAGCAAUUUACUUUGCUUUCCCAAGGCUCCUUCCAGGUGACAGGUGUCCCCUACAAGAUCAAGCCAACAAGCCUUCUUGAAGGAAUGGCACAUGCAGAAACUCAGGUGUUGUGGGUGAGUCCUGAUGGACAGAAACCAAUCCCUAUCUGGUGGCUCAUUGUGGGGAUCCUUGGGGGUGUUCUCCUUUUGAUUUUAUUUAUAUUCAUCAUGUGGAAGCUUGGAUUCUUCCAGAGGACACGUCCUCCCCUGGAUGACCAAGAAGAAUUAACCUCUCAACAGUAGGGAAUGAUCUCUGGCCCGCUUUAAUAUAAAUUAUGCUCUCCUGGUUCAGCAGAACAUAACUCCCCUAGCUGCCAACAGAACAUUGGGUCCCUCUGUCUCCAUGAAUGUCAGUGUCUUUUGUUACUGUAAUGAUCAAUAGCUAUGAAUUACUGUACUUUUUCCGGUACAGUGCUGUGUUCCUUUGUUCCUGUAGAUCUCAAUGUCCUUUUUUCCUGACAAAUUCAGUGCCCCCUCUUUUCCUCUGUAGUACCCAGUUCAUCUUGACGUAGUGCCCAGUUCCUCUUUGAUACUGUAGAUUACAAUGCCCUGCUCCUGUGAAGCAAUGUCCAGCAAGUGGUGGCACAGGGACGGUAUGCUGCCCCAUUCAAUACUCUAAAGCAGUGAGGGCCAACUUCCUAACACAUAUGGGCUGCAGAUCAAUAUUUCAGAAACCUUAAGGGUCACAUAUACAUUUAUGUCUAUUAAACAUAGAAAUAAACUAUUUGCUAAAAAUGUCCACAGUUGCAGGGUACCCUCUAUCUGCUGUUUUCCACUCCAGAUGGUUCCUUUUAGUUGUCACCUUUUUUACCCACCAGAAAUCCCCACUUUUUCUUGAGGCUACAAAACCUAUAAAAUUCAUUCUAAGUUCUGCUAUUUCCCAAGGGCCACUAAAAGUAGUGUAGAGGGUAGCAUGUAGCCCAUAGGCCGCCAGUUGGCUAUUCCUACUCUAAAGUAUGAAACAAGUAUUUCUUCAAGAAAACGAAUAUCUUCUGUAUUACCUCACAAACACGUGCAUUCCCCUUUCACCUUUUUCUGCUUGAUUUACCCACACCCAUAGCAUGUUAAGCACUUGUUCAUCCACUAUAACUUUUAGAAAGUAUACCUUUUAUAAACCCUGAAGCUACAUAAGCAGCCCUCUGAAUUAUACGGCUAAAAUUCAACCUCCUAACUAAUUUAAAUAUAAAUAAACACAGUGUAUUUAGAUUAUGUUGCUGCUCUUUGCCCUGAGAAAUUUGAUUCACCAACCCCAAUAUCCAAACAAUUUAGUUUUUUUCUCACAACUGGAGGCCAGAGGACAAGGUCAUGCGCUUCUCCGUUAGACAAACAGGGAUCAUCAAUUACAAAUAAAACAUUUGGAGGGAACAGGAGAGGGGCAGCACAUAAAACUACUAAUUUGCUGCCCACCUAAAUACUGAAUACUAGUUGCAUAGACCAAAUUGCACUCCUGUACAAAGAAAAUAAAACAUUUUAAAACACUU